UGCUCCUUUAUUCCUGAUUGUUCAAAGUGGACCUCAAAGGGGAAGAAAGUAGACCUCAAAGGAGAAGUCGGAGCAAAGAAGUCACUACCUAACAGUCCAAGAGGCUCAGAAGCAAAGCUGGAGGUGGGCCGUGAAGAACAGUGGAACCAUGCUGACCUCGUGCACUGUGGAGAAGCUGACUCUGCAUCUACAAAUCCCAUCCUUGGCACAGACGAGGAAGAAGAGGGUCCCCAGAUCUGCCGUGUAUGUGGGGACAAGGCCACUGGUUAUCACUUCAAUGUCAUGACAUGUGAAGGAUGCAAGGGCUUUUUCAGAAGGGCCAUGAAACGCAAUGCCCGGCCCCGGUGCCCCUUCCGGAAGGGCACCUGUGAGAUCACCCGGAAGACCCGGCGUCAAUGCCAGGCCUGCCGCCUUCGCAAGUGCCUGGAGAGCGGCAUGAGGAAAGAGAUGAUCAUGUCCGAUGCAGCUGUGGAGCAGAGACGGGCCUUGAUCAGGAGGAAGAAGAGAGAACGGACUGAAACUCAGCCCCCUGGAGCCAAGGGUCUGACUGAAGAGCAGCUAAUGAUGAUCCGGGAGCUGACGACUGCCCAGAUGAACACCUUUGACAGCACCUUCAUUCAUUUCAAGAAUUUCCGGCUGCCAGAUGUGCUCAGUAGUGGCCCCCAGAAUCCAGAGCCGCUGCAGAUUCAGUCCAGGGAAGAAGCCGCCAAGUGGAGAAAGAUCAGGGAAGAGCUAUGUUCAGUGAAGCUCUCCUUGCAGCUGCGGGGGGAGGACGGCAGCGUCUGGAAUUACAAGCCCCCAGCUGACAAUGGCGGGAAAGAGAUCUUCUCCCUGUUGCCCCACAUCGCUGACGUGUCCACCUACAUGUUCAAAGGCAUCAUCAACUUUGCCAAGGUCAUCUCCUGUUUCAGGGACCUGCCCAUAGAGGACCAGAUCUCCCUGCUGAAGGGGGCCGCCUUUGAGUUGUGCCAGCUGAGAUUCAACACGGUGUUCAAUGCAGAGACCAGGACCUGGGAGUGCGGUCGGCUGUCCUACUGCGUGGAAGACCCUGCAGGUGGCUUCCAGCAGCUUCUCCUGGAGCCUGUGCUGAAAUUCCACUAUAUGCUGAAGAAGCUGCAGCUGCAUAAGGAGGAGUACGUGCUUAUGCAGGCCAUCUCCCUUUUCUCUCCAGACCGCCCAGGUGUGGUGCAGCGCCUCGUGGUAGACCAGCUACAGGAACAGUUCGCCAUGACCCUGAAGGCCUACAUCGAGUUCAACCGGCCCCAGCCCGCCCACAGGUUCUUGUUCCUGAAGAUCAUGGCCAUACUCACCGAGCUCCGCAGCAUCAGCGCCGAGCACACCCAGCAGCUACUGCGCAUCCAUGACGUUCACCCCUUCGCCACCCCACUCAUGCAGGAGCUCUUCAGCACCACAAAUGGCUGACUGGCCACCCCAGGGCAGGCAGAGCUGGGGCCCUCGGAGCCGGAGCCACCAUUCCUGGGGCUAGACAGACGGACGCUGACAGUGACAGACAGGCCCUGCCUCCCCAGGGGUCUCAGAGAGACAGCUGUGAUGAUGGCGGGCUAGCGUUCCUCAGCCCCCAGCUCGGUCUGGGGAGAGCCAAGCCCAAGUGCCUUACAUGGAGACUGUGCUGGCCCCUAGGUCGGGCCCUUAGAGAGGCAAGGCACUCCUCUCCCCUUAGAAGGGGCCCUGGGUCUGGGCAUCUAGUGUCAUGGUGGGAGAGGGGAUAGGACGCCUGGGGCUGGGCAUUUGAGGGUCUGUGCCCACAUCCAAGUUCAUUAGCUUCUUGGGUUUUUUCACUGCUUCAUCUGCUACCCCUCCUCUCCCACUUGCCACCCAUUCCCAACCCACAACCUCUAGUCCCAAGUUGCUCUGUGAGUUCCAGGCCUGUGUGCGCUAAUGCAGGUGCAUUAGAGUUGAGGGAGUCCUUUAGAGAGAGGCCAGAAGGCCUGCACUCAGUGUCACAAGCUUGUCAAAGCCGCUUCUGUUUAUUCUUCCCUCAUCCUGUCUCCAUUCAUGAAAACACAUCAUUACACACAGACAAUACGCUACCUGCUGUGGGGAGCACACGCUGACUCAGACAUGGAUCCUGACCUUGAUGGGGCUAUGUGACUUGAUGCAGGUCAGCUUCACAACUGAACUGGGACUGGUUCCUCCUGAGACUGGAACACUGAGGACUCCGUGGUGAGGCUAUACGGACAGCAGUUAAUAAAUGUGUUCCUGUUUACACAUGUUUUCAAAGCUAAAGAGUAUGACAGCCUUUCCUUUGUAACCAUUUUGAGUAAAAAUGUUUCUGUAUUUUUCACAAAUUAUGGGCAUCCCAUACCUAAGAACCAGGCUUAUCAUAUAUGAUCCUAUGUUUAAUGUCAAAUCAGGGCAAGAGGACUUAAAUAACUUUUGGUUAGAGAUUUAAACUUUUUUGGCCUUCCUUUCGGGGGGGAAAAAGAAAUAUGGGGAUGGUGAAAGAGAAAUAUAUUUGUAUAUAUUUCUAUUUUUAUAAUACAUAUUUUACUGUUGCCCUUUACAUAUCUGAAGACUUUUGGUGUGAGAACAUAAAAAAUGCAUUAUUUAACUUGG